AUGGAACCUCCGCCAGGCAUCAUUUUCACACAUGAGCUCGAAUGGGUGUGCAAAGAACCAGCUUUGGUGAUCUGGAAAGACCCCGACCGAUCAGAAAUCUCCUCGCUUGGACUACCAUGUCCUACCGGAAAGCCUACGUUGUUGACUAUUUGGAUUGGCAAGAAUGCUGCUAAAGAAACAUACUUGAUGUUGCAUUUGCGCAUCACUAUUCGAGUCUCGAAACGUCGAAAGAUUCUUGACCAUUAUCUGCUUCCUUCUCCGGGCUCUCGUGUGACCACAAGCACUUCGGUUGUCCACCUGAAAGAUGCUUCGGAGGAUGUUAGGCAGUGUUUGGAAGAAGCGUAUGGCAAAUUUUCUACACAAAAAUGUCUUCGUAUUCCGUUCGUUCAGCCCGAACCCGGUCGUGUUUUGAUGCCAGUCUCUCCGGAGAAGGCACCGUGUCUAGGAGGCACCGCUUUGCAUUUGAUGACCCUGCUUCAUUCGCUGUCCCGCGCCAAUAGUUUUGAAGUAUUCGUUGGGCACAGCACUUAUGCUCAACACGCUCUGGCGAACAUUGAAGGGAUGUUGGCGGGUAGCACGAACGUCGACUUGUCGCAAUCCUAUGGAGAAAAGGGAGGUGUCUUUGACGAUUGGCGACGGAUUGAUUUUGAGCAAUCGGGCUGUUCGGAAGCUCAGGACCCAUCCUUGGGGCACAAACGCGCAGAGGCCAAUUGCGUCAAAGUCGACACUUCCUCACAUGGAGCUUGUUCACUCAACGAUCAGUCCAUACGAGAACAGCCAGCAUGUUCACCGCCGCGUUAUUCUCUACCACAGAACGCUGAGUUGCCCACGACUCCCAAGACUCGUGUCGUGAAUGAGAAUUUGGAUCUGAUAAAUGAAGCGAUUUGCCUCAAGCGAUCUUAUGGUAAGUCGCUUCUCUCUUCCAUUGCUCACGAAGACGACUUCCCACCAACAAAAUCUGCGAGAUCACAGCAAAUUUCUUGUUCGCCAAAUUUCAACGAUACUUCUUACGUCACGCAUGAUAUUGAGAAAUUGUCUUCACCGGAACAGACAGGCUAUUCGCCUACCAUAGCCAAUACACCAAGCACUGUACAAGACACACAUCCGCUUUCUGCUGGACACUUCACACUGAAUGAUACCAAGACGAUCCAAAUCGAAGCAGAUGACUCGUUUGCUGGUCACUUACUAAGUGCCAGACGAAAUACGUCUCCCUCCACUGUCUCAACUCCAGGCCGUUCUGAUACGCUCAGUAUCAAGCCUACGAUCUUCACAAAUAGGGACGCGCCUCCUAAGUAUACGACCAACACGGAGGGAAUGUCUUUACAAAAUCAAACCUCAGCAAAAGUUGCGAGUAGCUUCAUGUCAAGUUCUGCAUCUCUGGACAUGAUAUCACCGAACAAGUCAACCAUGCGCUCAUUGAGCAAGGAACUACACACCCUUGUCUCUGCAAAAGUGCCGCUGCUUACUGAGCAAGCAUUGCAACGCCUCAUCAACGAUCUGCUAGAAACACUGGACUACAGCCAAAAAGCCGCAGAACUUGGACUCCAAGAGACAUUAGAUGAUCUCAAGGUUGAACUACAACUUGAAAAAGACAAAAGCAUUGAGGACAUUGACGACCAUGCGGAACACACUCUCACCGAUGUCAAAUGUCAGAUGGAGGAUCUGGCAAGUGGCCAUCUUGUGUCUUUUGAAGAUGUGUUGCAGCGGACUGGAGAGCAAUGGAAGCAAACGCUCAAGGCAUUCUUGAUUGUUCUUGCCAAAGCGGUUGCUACGGGCAAACUUGACGAUGAUGACCAAGCAGCCAGCACCAACGACAUCAACACGACCCGACCUCGAGAUCAACUUUUAUCGGCGGCGCCUGAUUUGCAAAAACCUAAUGUCGUCUCGUCUGGCAUGGCAGACUCGCCAGCAGUGGCUGCCACAAAGCUCUUCUUACUUGAAUUUGGAGAUCUUUGUAUGAGUGCGAAGGUGAAAGUGCUUGACAGACUUGCGAGUCAGAAUACAGCAGAAAUCUUCUUGACGGUGGAUAAAGAGCUUCGUGAGGCUUGGGUUACUUCUUGGACUGGCCAACUCCUAUCCUGA